ACAAGCUUAAUCUUCAAUCUCAUUUCUCCCUUUCAUACUCCUCCUCCUCCUCAUAUUUCCAUCUCAAUAAUACCAUUGGAUCGAACUUCAGUUUCGAUCCGAUGGUUUUUUGAGGUUUUCGAUUGAAUCUAAGCUAACCCUCCAAGAUUUUCUUCCUCCUCUGCUUUAAUUUGAUCUUCACAUUAGAAUUUUGUGCAUAUUCUUGAGCCCAGAGCACAGGAUGGAUAAGGUGACCAGAUUGGCUUCAGAGAAAGGGGUGGUGAUCUUCAGCAAGAGCUCAUGCUGCCUGUGCUAUGCUGUCAACAUUCUGUUUCAAGAACUUGGGGUCAGUCCCACGGUUCAUGAAAUCGACCAAGACCCCGAUGGAAGGGAAAUGGAGAAAGCCCUCUUGAGGCUGGGAUGCAAUGCUCCUGUCCCAGCUGUGUUCAUAGGUGGAAAGCUCGUGGGAUCCACCAACGAAGUCAUGUCCCGUCACCUAAGCGGCUCCCUCAUUCCCCUGCUGAAGCCAUAUCAGCAGACUUUAUCUUAAUUUUAAUGCUCUGAUACCAUGUGACAAGAAUAAACGUGGCUUUAAACUACUAGUCUAUUGGGCUCUUUAUUAUAUAUGUGUAAUCUUAUGUACCUCCUCGCGUGUUAAAUAGUGAUUGUCUUAUGCAUGUAACCUUCCUUUUCAUAAUGAAGUUAUCGUUUAUUAA